CAUAGAUGGCAUUCCUAAUAUGAUACCUCAGGCAGCAAGAAUGAUUGGCAAGGAGAAGCAGGAAACAGAAUCUGAGCAGACCUAGAAGAUUAUCCUCUUGAAAGGAAGUUGGAAGACAACACAAGUGGAGUACGAUGUUUCCCUCGUUUCCCACCAUGACUGUACUUGUCCCGCUGUUGUCUUUAGUUGGCCUGUUCUAUUCAGCCAGUGUGGAUGAAAACUUUCCCCAGGGCUGCACAAAUACAACCAGUGUAUGUUUCUACAGCCUGCUGCUUCCAAUUACAAUCCCAGUUUAUGUGUUUUUCCAUCUUUGGACCUGGAUGGGCCUUAAACUUUUUCGCCACAACUAGAUUCUGCUUAACUAUAAGAAGCCUCAUGGAAUAAAGAAUGGAGUGGUGCUUUUUGAAAAUCCAUCUCUUAAUAUUUUGUCCUAUAUUCCUGAAAUGAUCUUUUGAAUCAGAGGCUAACUAUCUUCAAAUGCAAGUACAUCCAAGCCACUGAAAACCUACUUGUUUUUUAGGGCAUGCCUACAGGCACUGUAGAGGUCUAGCACCAAAGUAGACACACGGGAAAAUCAAACAAGAAAUCAAGUAUCAAAUAUAGAAAUCAAACAAGCUGUAUGAAGUGAUACAGGCAAAUCUUAAUGAAGGAACUUAGGCAUGCAACAAGGUAAUCUAGAUGUGUGUGCUUGUAUACGGAACGUAAUUGUUCUGGUCUUUGGUGAAAAAAAAAAACCCUUCAGGGUUAUUCCAAAGGAUAGUUUCAUUACCUAAUGAUUACAGACAAUUAUUUAUAUGUACUGUGUGUGUAACAUAGUGCUUUGAUUGUCAAAUUCAUGGGUGAAAAGAUCUGAAUAUGUAACAUGGUCACAGGUAUACUAUAUACAGAGUUCUUUGUUUAGUGAAGAUGUAAUGUUAGACAUGGUAAUGAACAGCUUCUAGGAUUCCUCUUUGAUUAAGCUGCACUGUUGUUCUACAGGGACCCAGAGUUUUGAAUUCAGGUCCACAAAUAAAUUAGAGUGAUGUGUCAUGAAACUUACCGCUAAAUGAAAAAUAAUGGAACUGAAUAGGAAAUAGUUUCUAAUAAAGCAUCUGCAAUGUCUAUGUAUUUUUA